AUGUGCUCGUGCGCCGCCGGGGAGGUGUCUUGCAUCGGCGUGCCGCUGCACAGCAUGCCAGCGCUGCCGCGGCGCGCCCUGCACCACGUCGAGGUGAUGCAGUCCGAGCUGACGGCGCUGGAGGACGCUGCCCUGGCCGGGACGCGAACCGCCAGCCUGCGGCUCAUCGGGGACGGCCUGGUGGUCAUCGCGCCGCACGCCCUCGCACCCCUGGCAGGGGAGCUGCGUUCACUCGACCUGAGCUACAACCAACUGCAGGAGGUUCCCGCCGCACUCCGGCCGCUCAAGUCGCUGCACUGGCUCAGUCUGCACGGUAACCAGCUGACGGCCCUGAACGUGGACUGGGGGCACCUGCGCGACACGCUGGCCAGCCUGUACCUGGGUGCGGGCAGCUUGGCGGAGCUGCGUCACCUGCACACGCUGGAGCUGGACAACAAUCACCUGAGCGUGCUGACGGCGUCCUCGGUGCCCGCGUCGCUGCGCUCCCUGUCCGCGCAGCACAACGCCCUGGUGCGCGUGCCCUACUCGCUGCUGGAGCCGGGCGGCCCGCCGCGCCUGCAGCACCUCAUGCUGCGCGGCAACCUGGUCCGCACGCUGCCCCGGGCCGGCCUCCGCGCGCACAAGGCCCUCGACAGGCUGGACCUCGCCGACAACAACAUCCAGACGCUGCCCUCGCGGUGCUUCAACGGCACGCUGUCGGUGCGCGACCUCCGCCUGGACUCCAACUCCCUCCGCGCGCUGCCCGCCAACGCGCUGGAGGGCUUCGGCACGGCGCGGCUCUCGCUGGCCAGCAACCGGCUGGAGUACCUGCACCCGGCGGCGCUGCAGGGCCUGGAGCACUCGCUGGAGCACCUGGACCUGGACGGCAACGCGCUGCGCGUCUUCCCCGCCGAGGCGCUGGCCAACCUGACGCGGCUGCGCUCGCUGCUGCUGGCCAACAACCGCCUGUCCGAGGUGGGCGGUGACGCGAUGGCGGGCGUGGCCGGGACUCUGCGAGCGCUGUCCCUCGCCGGCAACGACCUGCAUGCCCUGCCGCUGGCCGCGCUGCGGCGCUGCGUCGCGCUGUCGCACCUCAACCUGGGCUACAACGGCAUCCCCAGCCUGCACGCCGAGGACCUGCGCGGCUGGGGCGCGUCGCUGGACACGCUGCUGCUGGCCAGCAACAAGGUCGCCAGCCUGGAGGCGCGCGCCUUCCGCCACGCGCCGCGGCUGCGGGAGCUGAACCUGUCGUUCAACCGGCUGGCCGGGCUGCACGCCGACGCCUUCCUGGACCUGGCGGCGCUGCAGAGCUUGGAGGCGAGCUUCAGCCUGGCCGAGCUGGACCGCUUCCCGGAGGACGCCCUGCGGCCGCUGGUGGCGCUGCGGUGGCUGGCGCUGGACAACAACGACAUCCGCGCCAUGGACAGCGGCGCGCUCAAGACCCUCGCCAACCUCGAGUUCCUCAACCUGGAGGACAACUUGCUGUCCGAGCUGCCGCCGGGGCUGUUCGGGCCGCAGCACGCCCGCCUGCGUGAGCUGCGCCUCGGCGGCAACUCGCUGCGCGCCGUGCGCACGGCCGACUUCCGCGGCCUUCGGGGGCUGCGCACGCUGGUGCUGUCCGGCAACCACAUCAAGGUGGUGGAGUCCGCGGCGCUGGAGGACCUGCCGCGGCUCGAGACGCUGCUGCUGGCCGACAACGGCAUGACGAAGCUGCAGCCGGGCGCGCUGCGCAACCUGCCCGCCCUGGCCACGCUGGACCUGCACCGCAACCGCCUGCAGGUCUUCUCGCUGAGCGCCUUCGUGAACGUGAGCCGCCCCGAGGCACCCCUCGCCAUCAACGCGUCCUGGAACCGCGUGGCGGAGCUCUACUCGGCGGACACGGAGGGCGCGCCGCUGUACGUGCACACCCUGGACCUGAGCCACAACUUCGUGGCGGAGCUCAAGACCAAGUUCUUGUCGGGCGUGGGCGCGUCGCUGCGCCGCCUGCACCUCGCGCACAACCGCAUCAGCCGCCUGGACGGGCACGUGCUGGCCGCCCUGCAGUCCCUGGAGCUGCUGUCGCUGCAGGACAACGACCUGGUCACGCUGGCGCCCAGGGCCUUCCAGGGCUGCGACAUGCUGCAGGUGCUGCUGCUGCAGCGGAACCACAUCGACGCGCUGCAGCCCGAGCAGUUCGCGAGGAUGGCCAGCCUGCGCGUGCUGGACCUGUCGCACAACCGGCUGCGCGGCGUGCCCGUCGGCGCGCUGGAGGCCACGCCGCUGGAGAGGCUGGACCUGUCGCACAAUGACCUGGCGGCCGUGCCGAGCGGCGCGCUGGCCGAGGUGGGCGGCACGCUGCGGUGGCUGGGGCUGGCCGGCAACGCGCUGCAGCACCUCGACGGCACGGUGUUCGUCGCCACGCCGGGGCUGCGGCACCUCGACCUGGCCGCCAACAAGCUCACCUUCCUGCCGGACAACGUGUUCUCGCCCUUGGGCGCGCUGCUGUCGCUACAGCUCGGCCACAACCCGCUGCGCGCCAACCUGGCCGAGCUGCUGCACUACAGACUGGGGCGCGAGAGCUUCGCCGAGGUUCCGCGCCUCGCCACGCUGACGCUGCGCGCGCUGCCGCUGGACACCAUGGAGGCCGACACGCUGCAGCCCCUGCGCCUGCUCCGCGUGCUGCGGGCAGAGGCCUGGACGAGGCUCGGGCCGCACGGCCUGGGCGCGGUGCUGGGCGCGGCGCCGUCCCUCAAGGUGCUGGCCUUGUCGGUGGGCGCCAAGACGGAGGCCUCGCCGCUGCCGCCGCACGUGACGGGGACACAGCUGGCCGAGUUUCCGGCCGCGCUGUUUGUGCGACUCGCCCACAUCCCUCAUCUGGCGCUCGACUUCCGGGAGAACGGCCUCAGCAGCAUGGCCCCGGAGACUUUCUACCGGAACUCGUCCUCGUGGGAGCGCGCCGGCACCACCCUCAUUUCCGGUGGCAUCAACCUGAAGGGCAACCCCUGGGUGUGCGACUGCUCGCUGUCGUGGCUGGGGGCCUGGCUGCGCCGGUGGCUGCGGGAGGUGUUGCAGGUGGGCCUAUCGCUCUGUCUCUGUCUCACGCAUUGGGCGUUGUGGCCGGCGGACGCGGCCGAGCUGUCGGAGGCACUGCUGGUGGAGCUGCGCGGCCAGCGCGCCGACUUCCAGAACACGUAUGCCCUCAUCGAGUCCAGGCUGGACAAGCUGGAGAAGGCCAUCACCAAUCAGCCCCGGGUCUCGGACCCGGCGGCGCGGCCGUCGCCCUCCGACGAGGAGACGCAGUACGUGCUGGGCGACGCCGAGUCCAUGGAGAUCAUCGUGAACCUGGGUCCACUGCGGGCCGGCCGGCCGCUUAACGUCGAGAGGCGCGCGGUGACGCCGUCCUCCAGGCGACUGUGGGACCAGGGUGGCGUCGACGGGGAUCUGGUGUUCAGCGUGCCCUCCACGAUGGGGGAGAUCGCGUCGUCCGUCUGCAUCAGCAUCACGGACUUCGAUGACGACCAGGAGCCCGAGGCCAAGCCUGGGCAACCGCCAGGCAAGCAUCCCGCCGCCGGCCCGCGGCCUGUCGAGGACGUCAAGAAGAGCAUCGGCGAGGCCAGGAAAACGGUCGCGGGUCCAGCACCCAAGGACAGUCCGGGCAAGGCAGGCAAGUACAGCAGCCUCGCCCAUCACUGCACCGCCGCGGAGCGUGUCUCUGACGUCUCGCCGUCCUUCCGAGCAGUGCCGGCUCCCACCAAGGACGUCACCGCCAAGAACAUCACCGCCAAGGACGUCUCCGCAAAGGGCGUCACCACCAAAGACAUCCCCACGAAAGACGCCAUCGUCAAGGACGCCGACGCCAAGGUCGCCACUGCCAAGGACGCCCCCGCCGUCCCCGCUCCAAUGCCGCGGCCGGCGUCAUCAAUCUGCUUCAGCCUGGAGGAGAACGAGGCCGAGGAGGCGGCGCAGGAGGCGCGCAGGGCGGUGGGCCCCAAAGUGUCCCUCAAGCUGCCCGGCCAGGCCCAGGGCCAGGCCUACACGCACGGCCCCUACGCCCUGCGCGGACCCAGAGGCAGCGCGCGGAGCUCGUCGGCGUCGCGGCUAUCCUGGCGCUCACCGCCACCCGGCAGCCAGGAACAGUGUGAGCACCGCGGCGAUCUCCAUCGUUCAAUAACUGUGGCUUGUUGA